UGGCAAUCACGCCUUCUUUGGGCGUACGUGAUUACGUCACAUACCGGAAGAGUAACAGUCGCAACACGGAAGCCCUGGAAAGAAAACAAAUAACCGUUUUUUAGUUUGUUUCGUCGAAGACAACACCCCGAGCUCCGUCUGAUUUCUGGAUUUUUCUGUUCCGCCGCAGACGAGAGCAGUUCACGAUGGAUUUUCUGUUUGGGAGGAGGAAGACGCCGGAGGAGAUGCUGAGGCAGAACCAGAGGGCGCUCAACCGAGCCAUGAGAGAACUGGACCGAGAGCGGAUGAAGCUGGAGCAGCAGGAGAAGAAGAUCAUCGCCGACAUAAAGAAAAUGGCCAAGCAGGGACAGAUGGACGCGGUGAAGAUCAUGGCCAAAGACCUGGUCCGCACGCGGCGCUACGUCAAGAAGUUCAUCAUGAUGAAGGCUAACAUUCAGGCCGUCAGCCUGAAGAUCCAGACGCUGAAGUCCAACAACAGCAUGGCGCAGGCGAUGAAAGGAGUCACCAAAGCUAUGGCCACCAUGAACAGACAGCUGAAACUGCCGCAGAUUCAGAAGAUCAUGAUGGAGUUUGAGCGCCAGAGCGAGCUCAUGGACAUGAAGGAGGAGAUGAUGAACGACGCCAUCGACGAUGCGAUGGGGGACGAAGAUGACGAGGACGAGAGCGACGCCAUCGUGUCCCAGGUGCUGGACGAGCUCGGCCUCAAUCUUUCCGACGAGCUGUCGAGUCUUCCGAGCACCGGGGGGAGCCUGUCGGUGGCGGGAGGGAAGAAAGCGGAGCCGCAGGCCGCCCUGGCCGAUGCCGACGCCGACCUGGAGGAGCGUCUGAAUAACCUCCGGAGAGACUGAGCCUGUUCCCAUCUUUGGGUCAGGAUUCUUUUUGGAGAUGAAACGGGCCGGGCUGUUCUAAAGAUGUGCAGCUUCCUGAUCGAGUUUGUUUCAUUUAACGUGUCAUUUAUGCGUCUUAUCGAGGAAAAACAUUUAUUACAAGGAUCAGUAUCGAUUUUACGUUUAGCAAAUUCUCCCUGCGGAUGACUCGGAUCAUCUGAAAGUCAACGUUUAUAUCGUUGUGUAAAUAAUAAUUCUUCCAGGCAUGUUUUCAUUGUUUAACACUAAUUAGAAAUAUAUUUAAAGAAGACCAAAUAAAUGAUGGAAAUAUUAAAGAAAGUCAAAUUUUAUGAGUUACACGUACAGGAGGCGGCUCGGAGCACUUCUUAUCAUCGUUGAGACAUUUACAACAUUUUUAAAGAUCUUCAGACAAAAGCAGCCAGAGGACGGUCUUUAACUGACAGGUUUAUUUUACGAUUGUGUAAGAAAAUAAAGUUCUGUUCUUCUGCCGGACGGUUCUGACAUCA